AUCGGCCCUUAAUACGCGUCCAGGCCGUUGCUCUGGCGUUUCGUGUCCAACGAGGAACGACCAUAAAAGCUUUCUUUUCUAUAUUCGUCAACUGCUAAGGCGUUUCUGUAAUGACAGCCGGCCAUUAAGAUGCAUUCUUCUAGAUUACGUAUUUAUAAGCAUAGCUGGCAACGUCAACCCGGCCUCACGGACGAUGCUAAAUGUUACCACAUUGUCUUAAAGUUUCGAUGCCCAGAGGAAGUUUUCGCCCGAUUCUCGAUUCAAUCUCGUCGAUUUCGGGUCGAUUUCGCGAUUAAUUAUGCAUUAUAAAUUUAUGAUGUGUCAUAAUAUGAAUUAAAAAUUUUCAAAUGUUCGACUGGCGAAGGAUAAUACGGCUUUUAACGCGUAAUGAAAAACGAAAGUAGGAAAGACGAACGAAGCUCAAUGGGAAAAAGGCGAUCCGUCCUGUGCGUCGUCUGCACUUGCGAAUGUUAUGUUGCCUCAGAAGCGAAGUGACCAGGAUGGCGACCACAGCAAUACGUUCGAAAUUGUCAAAAUUCGUCCAUUGCCGUCACUGUCGAUAUUCCAGGUGCUUUUCGACCAAGAGAGCAUUACCACUGUUGACUUCAAAAGCUUCAAAUAGUAGUACUACUACUAGUCGUCAGCACAUCCUACAAUACCCGUCAUUUGCUACCGAUGCCAAAUCAGUAAGCACCGACAAACACCCAAAUGAAGGCCUCAUCCUUAGUGAUUCCUGCGUUACAAGGCUCAAGGAGAUAAUAGAUGAUGAUUCUUCUUUUCUUAGGAUUAUAGUGGAAGGUGGAGGGUGUUCAGGUUUUCAGUACAAGUUCGACGUAGAUACACAAUUAUCUGAGGAUGACAGGGUUUUUGAAAGAGAUGGUGUCCGUGUUGUCGUAGACGAAACGUCAAUGGAAUAUGUAAAAGGAUCCACCAUUGACUAUCACACGGAACUCAUUCGAGCAGCUUUCAGACUCCUAGAUAAUCCGCAAGCAGAAGCUGGCUGCUCGUGUGGGGCAUCUUUUUCCAUAAAGAUAUAGAAAAAUGUAGUAUAUACAUGUUUUGUUUGGAAAUUGGCUGUGUUGUUCACUGAAUGCCAAGGAAGUUAUAAGGUUUCAGAUGUAACAUUUUCUGCUCAAGAAAAGUUCUGUAUAUAUGUACAUAGGUAUUUAGUUAUUUUUUUUAGAUUUGGAGAUUUAUUUCUGCUUUAAUAGAUUGUCCAUUAUUGUUAAUAGCAGAGAUAUCUGUAGCUUGAAAGCAAGUUCUAGCACUAUUUGGACACUAGUUAAUAGUGCAUUUUUUGUUUUAAGUUCAUAGUUAUUUAAUGAAUAUAUAAAAGGUGCUGUAUUCUUGUGCUUGGUUGUGGAAUGUUAAAAACAGGCAAAACUUGACUUGCACCAAGAAGCUAAAGUUUAUUUACAAUUGAAUUUCAAAUAACUCAGUAUUAAAAAGAGGAAAUGAAAAUAGUCUUGGUCAGGGGACAUUCAACCUCAGUAGGUCAAAAGAAAGUCAAGACAAGACAUCAGGUGCAGCUAAAUGGCACGAUUUGGCGCAGAUGUACCUCUGCAAUCAGGGUUAGGAAUGAAGGUGAAAUGUUAGAUAUUAGUUUUCAUUUGUGAUAGGAAAAAUGUUAGAAAUUAGUUUAGAUAUUAGUUUUCAUUUGUGAUAGGCCAGAGAAAUACAAAGUGGGUUAUGUGUGCCUUAAAUUAUAAACGGGUUAUGUUUUCUACGCAGGUAUUUAGGUGAAUGAUGAAGCUAAGGAAGGUUUGUGAUACUAAUAGGUACUGCAGUGCUUAUCACUUGGCAAAAAUAAGACUAGACAAGGUUUAAGUUUUAACAGGUCUGAUGAAAAACAUCAGGUUGAUAUAUAUUGUUAUUAAUUUAAUUUAUUGAAUAAAACCAUCAAGUGUUAUA